AGGUCCUCUCCUUGGGCGCAGGCCUGGACUCGCUGUACUUCUGCCUCAAGGACCAGGGCCUCCUGGGGCAGGCCACCUUCCUGGAAGUGGACUUUGCGGACGUGGCAGCCCACAAAGCAGCCCUGAUCACAGGGCAGGAGGAGUUGGCCACCAUGGCUGGGCACAGAGCUCGGGAGCAAGAGUCUGGAGCAGUUCAUUUUGCAGGAGAAGAUUACAGGCUGCUGGGAGUGGAUCUUGCUGAGCUUCCAAAGCUGGAGGAAGCCUUGCGCUGUGCUGGCCUCGAUCCCCAAGUGCCCACCCUGCUGCUGGCAGAAGUGGUGCUUACAUAUAUGGAAGUCGAAAGAUCAGAUGCCCUGAUUCAGUGGGCAGCCAGGCAUUUCUCACAGGCCUGGUUCGUCUUGUAUGAGCAGAUCCAUCCGGAGGACCCUUUUGGACAUGUGAUGCAAAAGCAUUUCAGACGGUGCAACUCGCAGCUCUGCUCCUUGGCCCGGUACCCUGACCUCCAAGCCCAGCAGACACGCUUUGUGCAGAAGGGCUGGGCUGAAUGUCAUGCCAUUGACAUGAAUGAGUUCUACGACUGCUUUGUCUCUGGAGAUGAGCGACGGAGGAUCCAGGCCUUGGAGCCCUUUGAUGAGUUUGAGGAAUGGCACUUGAAAUGUUCCCACUAUUUCAUCCUGGUUGCAUCGAAAGGAGAGGAGUUGUGUCGGGCUCCUGCAUUUCCCGGUGUGGAAGAAAAAGCGUUCUCAGGCUUUGCUGGGACAGUUGCUGCCUCGGUCGGCGCCGCGGACGCUGGAGUCACCGGCCUGAGACGAUAUGGCCACCGCUCUGUACGCAUUGCACCAGACGUGAUCCUCACUACAGGAGGGUUUGGCGACUGCAGUGGACGUCACUGCCGCUUGACUGAUCUGCAUGCGCUGGUCAGCCGUGGAGGCACAUGGACAAACGGCGAUGUCUGCUGGGCCCAGUCUGGGGGAGCCUGGGAUGGACGGCUGUUCCACACGGUGACGUUGCUGCAGGCCGGCUGGGCGGUGGUGGUGGGGGGGCGCCUGUCUCCGGCAAGCCCUGCUCUGGAGGUUCGUUGCUUGAGGCUUUUGGAGGCUGGCCGCAGCUCAGCUCCCUCGAGCGGCCUGGCUGUGGAGCUCACUCGACUGCCACCUGCUGAGGACCUGGCUGUGCCACGCUGGAGACACACAGCCACGGAAGUUGUGCAUCAAGGUGAGAGAUACCUGUUCAUUUAUGGUGGCUGUGGGCCUGGGCAGGCUGUCUGGGCAAGCUGGGGCUUCCUGCACCUGGAGGAGCUCCGUUGUCGAGAGAUUCCUGUGGGGGGUCCUUUGCCGGUUGGCCGCCAUUCUCACAGUGCCUGUGGCUGGGCAGGGGGUGCUGUCGUUGCAGGCGGUCUGGAUGCAGGCGAACGUGCCCUGGGCAGCGUCCUCUACCUGAAGCCCAGCGAGAGGGGCUUCCAGUGGUGCCCUGUUGAGACCCGUCCCCCGCUCACCCCUCGGUACUCGCACACAGCUCACGUGCACCACGGGAAGCUGCUGCUGGUGGGCGGAGUGUGGCGUCAGGCUCCUUCGGUGCCUGGGGUGGCCGUGAUUGAUCUGACGACCGGCUUCACCGCUGAAUAUUGCGUUGACAGGGCAGCACUGGAGUGGCCUCUGAUGCUGCACAACCACAGCAGCGUCUUUAUGCCAGAAGAGCAGGAGGUUCUUGUGAUUGGUGGCGGCGGCAACUGCUUCUCCUUUGGGAGUCAUCUGAACUGGCAUCCUGUCCGCCUGGCCCUCGGGGACAUUUUGAGUGGGCCCUGAUGCCUUUGCAGAGUGCAGAACCGGAUCAGCUUGGCUGAAGUGUGUGUGCUGGAGAGGGUCUCUGCUGCAUAACUGCUGGCCAAGGAUAUAUUGUGAGCCUCUGGGCAACAGCUGGGUAGCUUAUUUCUUGUCCACUUUCCCUGUGUUCAAGAUGGCUCACAGUGCAAUGCAGAGAAACGCACACAGUUUCACAUCAAUACAGGGUUUUUAAAAUCCUUUGAAACAUUCCAUUUUAAAAUUGUUGACUGUUACCACUAA